GCACUUGUCGUUCUUAGAUAUGCAAAUACGACUUUGUAAUUCGGUAUUUGAUAUGUUCGAGAACAUGAACUCAUAGUUCAUUCCAUAUGCAAGUACACUUGGUUAUUAUUAAAUAGAUCGCCGAAACUGUUCGUAAGCAUUCUUUACAGUUAACAGUUCCAGCUUCAGCUUCCGUUCGGUCGGCAUUCGGUUUGCUUUUCAUCACAUUUUAAGAUGUUUGACCCGUCAGUUACAUCUGUAUUCCUCGGUGCUUUGGUGUUUCUUCUUGUCUUCUGGUUAGCCCGGAAACCGAGGAAUCUCCCGCCAGGACCUUGGUCGCUCCCGAUCAUUGGUUACCAAUUCGGACCUGGCCUAAUCCAUGAAGCCUUUGUAGAUCUGGCCAAGAGGUAUGGUCCAAUUUUCAGUGUUCGGAGGGGUGCGUUUCUUUUCGUUGUCUUAAAUGACAAGGAGAGUGUUAUACAAGCGCUGGUCAAGUCAGGGGAAUUCACCUCAGAUCGGUUCGUACCAGGACAUUUCAAAUGGUCAAUUCCCAGAGCGGAAAAUGAUGCUUCCAUUGUGUGGAGUAAUGGGAAAUCUUGGUCUAACUUACGUAGAUUCGCCCUUCCUGCCCUGCGCUCCUUUGGAUUCGGGAAACAAAGCAUGGUACCCCAGAUCAACCUUGAGGCACGAUACCUUGCUGAGGAAAUCAGGAAUCUUCGAGGGGAACCCACGGACUUGGCAUUCUUGCUCUGUAAGGCCACUGCGAAUAUCAUUUGUCAGCUGUUGUUCAGUAGACGAUAUGAAUACGGAGAUGCAGCAUUCAGGAAAGCGGUGGGCGCAUUGGAAACGACUCUCUCCGCAAUACCAGAGACCGACCCAGUCAACAUCUUUCAAACACUCAUAAAUCUCCCCAUCCCAAGAUAUAAAAGCUACCGUGAAGCCACGUUCAUAGUUCGAGAUUUCAUCAUGGGUAAUCUAAAAAGUCACAGAGAAACCUUCCAGGCAGAAAAUAUCCGGGACUUCACCGACGUAUACUUAAGUGACGACAUCUCGAAGGAGUUCGAGUUUGAUUGCUUCUGGAGAGCCAUGCUUGAUUUGUUUGGAGGUGGUACGGAUACGACUGCGGUGGUUACCUCGUGGAUAAUUCUAUACCUGGCGGUUCACCAAGACGUUCAAAGAAAGGUACAGGCUGAACUGGACGCGGUUGUUGGGCGUGGCCGUCAACCAACUACCAAGGACCGUGAAGACCUGCCCUUCUGCGACGCUACUUUGCACGAAGUCAUGCGGAUUCGGCCAAUUCUACCAAUCUCGGUUCCCCACAUGACUUCUGAUGACGUUUCCUUGGGAGGUUAUUCGAUUCCUAAAGGAUCCAUCAUUGUUCCGAACCUGUGGGCUGUUCAUCAUGAUCCGCGGGAAUGGAAGGAUCCGGAAGAAUUCAACCCAGGCCGAUUUCUAAGCGAGGAUGGGAAAGUAUUUCAGAAGAAUGAUGCUUGGAUGCCAUUCAGUGUUGGUCGCCGUGAUUGCGUGGGUAGUCAGCUGGCUAAAAUGGAAAGCUUUCUCCUUUUCACCAAUCUCUUCCAGCAGUUUGAAUUCAGGCUUCCUUCUAACGAUCCGACACCUAGCCUUCACGGUGAUAUCGGGAUCACUAUGAACCCAAUAGCUUACAGGAUCUGUGCAGUAGAACGCUAAAUUAGUAGGCAAAGCUGUACCCAAAACAAGGCCAUGUGAGCGAUUUUUAUUUGGGGUGCUGGUUUGGAAGAAAACUUUUACCCAAAAAAAAUGAAGAAAAAAAAACCCUGUUUUUACCAAAAAUGGAGGUCGUUAUGGGCAGGAAAAAUGGACAAGCAACCCCCCCCCCCCUCCCCCCCCCAAAAAAAAAACACCCAGUUUCUCAGGAUCAUGAUUUUUUUAAGUUUUCAUUAGUACACGACGAAUUCUUUUGUGACAGUAAAGUUGACGAUUGAACCAUCUGUGCAUGCGUCAACUUCGGUGCUUCUUCAAUUCAAUUCAAUUUGUUUCAAUUCAAUUAUUCGGCCCUGUAGCUUUUACAACUAUUCGGAUGUGAACCAGCUUCGCGCAGAAAUUAUAGAGUUUAUUUGCGUUAUAUAUAUAUAUAUAUAUAUAUACUCAACCCCCUCUGUUGUUAUUUUUUGUUAUCCUAGUGUAAUCCUUCUGUUCUGUACCCUUUGUUACACAUUAUUUACUUUGUUGUUAUUACGAUUUUAUUUGUAUGGUUUUGUUCUAUUUUGUUUGUUUCAAUGCAUUAUAGGCCUGAUGAAGGCCCCACUGGCCGAAAGCUCGCAAUAAAAGAGAUACUUGGAAGC